GGAUUUUUGGUAUUCAUAUUAUUUUGCAUUUUGCCCGCUGGAACAAGAAAGCACCUGCGAAAACUUUGUAGCCAAAAGAGCAGUUAUCAAAUUCGGGAAGACCCAUCCACUGGCAGCACUGCCAUUGGGAAAAUGUAUUCAGUGAAUGAUCAAUGCUCUGCGUCGGGAGAUGAACUUAAAACAUUGGAUGAAGAAAGCAGUUGCUGA